AUGGCUUUAGCGUUGUUAAGUGUUAAUAUUUGUCAAUUCGGUGGCUGUGGACUUAACUUUGGAAACCUCCAUGAUUUGGUGCAACACAUCGAGGAGGCACAUAUCCCUAUAAUCGAAGACGAAAUAAAGAAAAAAGAAGAAAGCGCUAAAAACUCUUCAUUGGACGAUGAUCCUUCGAAAACUGCUGCACUAACUGCCAUUUUUCCGUUAAGCACCAUUUUCAAAUUAUUCCCAAGUCUUCCCCCUCAGAAAGCUGUUCCGGUCAAUCCUGAACCUGUGAAGCUUGCGAUUGGCCAUUACAGACCGUGGUUUUCCAGGAAAAAAACAUUGGCUGCUGCAAUUGCUGGCACAAAUGUUGUGGGACAAGCUGGAGAUAAGUCCCGUUUUGACCCUCACGAUGAGGAAUCGAACGAUUCCUACAAAAACGAGGACUGUGACGACUAUGAUCAAGGGACUGAUGAAAGGCGACACAAAUGCCCAGUUGAAGGUUGCAACAAACGGUACAAAAAUUUGCAAGGAGCACGUUAUCAUGCGCGUCAAGUACAUGGUUAUACUGAGGAUAAUGGCGCGAAUAGCUCAGUAUCAUUCGACUUGACUGCAGUGGUACCUGGGCAAGUUGCGCCAUUGAUUCAAUCCGGCGCUUCUAGUAAAUAUGCAAAUUUACGUCCCUACAAAUGCAGUCAGUGUUCAAAGCGUUACAAAACCAUUGUUGGAUUAAACAAUCAUGUGCAACAGUCACAUCAACGUAUUAAUAAUGCUGGAAAUGCCACUUUGUCAACAAAUUUAGUGCCAGUUUCGCCGGCAGCCGUUUCUGUUUCAACAACACAUAAUAACAUUCCAUCAGCGGCAACUUCCAACCAUGUGACCGCAGAAAGUGAUGGACAUAUGGCAAUACCGUCGGGUUAUUUGACAUCGACAAAUAUUCAGAAUGCAGCGCAAGUUCGAAUCAACGCACCCUUACCGCCUCUUUCAUCAGCUGCUGGACAUCAAUAUCAACAACAGCCUAGUAGUGUAACAAAGCUUGUAUCGACAGCUAAUAGUAUGAUGACGAGGAAUAUGAACGCUCUCUCAUCAUAUGGCCCACAAACAAAUGAAUCGCUAGCUUCAGUUAUUUCUCGAACAGACACAUCGCAGGUCACCGAUUUUUGUGUUUUGCAUGAAUUGAAAGUUGGGGAAAAGUAA